AUUAGAAGAGUCCCUAAUUAAUUCCAACUUGUGAGUUAAGGGCUUUCUUCGAUUAGCGCCGUUGUGCAGAAUGUUUGGUCGUCGUUUCAAGAAGGUUGAUGCAUCGAAUGCUGUCAAUAUCGUGGAGCUUCUUGUUCAUAUGGAUUGUGAAGGAUGCGAGAAAAGGAUUCGGAGAGCUAUCUCUCGAUUGCAUGGUGUGGAUAGCUUGGAUAUCGACAUGGAGAAGCAAAAAGUGACGGUGACCGGAUACAUAGAGAAAACGCGAGUUUUGAAAGUGGUGAGAAGAACGGGAAGAAAGGCCGAAUUUUGGCCAUUCCCAUAUGAUGCCGAGUAUUAUCCUUAUGCUUCUCAAUAUUUGGAGGAGUCCAACUUUACGUCAUCGUAUAAUUACUACACACAUGGCUACAAUGAAAGCGUGCACGGCUACUUCCCUCAACUUCCUUAUGCGACCAUAGAUGAUCGGAUAACCUAUCAUUUUAGCGAUGAUAAUGUUCAUUCUUGCACGAUCAUGUGAUCAUAUUAUAUUAUCGCUACAAGGGAUAAUUAUUUUGGUCUUUAUUUAUUUAUUUUUUUCUUAACUAUCGAUAGUAAUUUAGCAACAUUAAUAUCAUCAAUUAAGCCAUUACCAAUUUAUCAUGAGAUGAAA